UAGUUUAGUACGAGGCAAUCAUGGCGGAUGCAAAGUCUUGUGGAAGAUCCGUCACAAAGAAAACGUCUAUGUGGCUACUGUCAUGUUUGAUCUUUUGGCUCAAUAUUUCGCCCACCUGGCCCUUUUAUUUGCCUGGAAUUGCUCCGAUUGACUACGAAAAAGGCGAAAAACUAGAAGUCAAGGCUGUAAAAAUGACAAGUAUCAAGACACAGCUUCCCUUUGAGUACUACUCUAUUCCCAUCUGUAAGCCUGACAAUUUACAGUACAAGCCAGAAAACCUUGGGGAAGUACUUCGCGGUGACAGGAUUGUAAAUACUUUAUAUGAGAUAAGAAUGGCACAAAACAAAGGUUGCACUUUACUCUGCAAGCAAACAACUGUGAAUGCAGAGCAAUCUACGAAACUUUCCAAGCUGAUAUCAGAUGAAUACCAUGUUCACAUGGUUAUUGAUAAUCUACCUGUGGCAACAAAAUUUGUUCUUGAGACUGGCCAGGUGCAGUAUGAUCAUGGAUUUAAACUUGGAUUUACCAGAGAGAAGGAGACUUACCUUAAUAAUCAUUUGAUGAUGGUCCUCAAAUAUCAUACUUAUGACAACGCCACAUUCCGUGUUGUUGGAUUUGAAGUACAUACAAAAAGUGUGGCAACAGAUGCUAUAGCUGUGGAAGCAAACAGUAAUAAAUGUUCAUUUUUGAGUGACAAGCCAUCUAAUCUGCAGAUUACUCCAAACCAGGACAAUGCUGUGGUGUUGACGUAUUCUGUAACUUGGGAGGCCAGUGAGAUUGUCUGGGCUUCACGAUGGGACACAUAUUUAGCUAUGAGUGAUGUUCAGAUCCACUGGUUUGCUAUAGUCAACUCUGUAGUGAUUGUCCUGUUUUUGUCUGGUAUUGUCUCCAUGAUAAUGAUAAGGACAUUACGACGUGACAUUGCUCGUUAUAACAAGGAAGAGGAAAUGGAAGAUACCAUGGAAGAGACAGGGUGGAAAUUAGUCCAUGGUGAUGUGUUCAGACCUCCCAAAAGAGCAUGGCUAUUAACUGCAUUUGUUGGCUCAGGGGUGCAGAUCUUUUUUAUGGUCCUUAUCACUCUGGUGUUUGCCAUGCUUGGAAUGUUGUCACCUGCCAGCAGAGGAAGCCUUAUGACAGCAAUCAUAUUUCUUUAUGUCUUCAUGGGUGUUUUUGCUGGAUAUUUUGCUGCUCGACUCUACAAGACAUGCAAGGGCCAGAACUGGAAGAAAUCUGCAGUACUGACGGCUGCUUUGUAUCCUGGAGUUGUUUCUGCAGUCUGUUUCAUUCUAAACUUCUUUAUCUGGGGACAGCAUUCUUCCGGAGCAGUUCCCUUUACAACCAUGCUUGCUCUUCUCUGUCUGUGGCUGGGAAUUUCAGUUCCUCUUGUUUUCAUUGGAUACUACUUUGGAUACAGAAAACAUCCAUAUGAACACCCUGUGAGAACAAACCAAAUUCCUAGGCAAGUUCCUGAUCAGGCCUGGUACAUGAGUCCCUUGCCAAGCAACCUGAUGGCUGGAAUUCUCCCCUUUGGUGCUGUCUUUAUUGAGCUCUUCUUUAUUUUAUCUGCAAUCUGGGAAAAUCAGUUCUACUAUCUGUUUGGUUUCUUGUUUCUGGUUUUCCUGAUCCUUGCCAGCUGUGUGUCACAGAUAUCUAUAGUGAUGAUUUACUUCCAGUUAUGUGCUGAGGACUACCACUGGUGGUGGAGAUCAUUCUUCAUGUCUGGUUCAUGCUCCAUCUAUGUGUUCUUUUAUGCAGUUUUCUAUUUUAUUACAAAACUUGACAUCCAAGAUUUUGUCCCAGGUCUUUUGUAUUUUGGCUACACAUUUAUCAUGGUGUUGUCCUUCUGGUUGCUGACAGGAACAGUUGGAUUUUAUGCCACAUACCUGUUCAUCAGGCACAUUUAUGCAGCUGUGAAAAUUGACUGAGGUGGAGCACCAUGCAAUGAACCAAUUUAUAGUAACACUUAAAACAGCAACUAGGGGAGAGAAUUGGUAGUAAUGGACUAGUUUUAGUCCUAUGUACAUGCAUACGGUGACACCAUGCAUUUAAGAUAUCAACUGUCUCUUUUAGUAAUGAACAAUUUUGCUGAAUUUGAAUGUUCAACAUUCUUCAUUGGAAAUUUGUUUUGUCUAAAUGUGCUGGUGGAAUAAUUUACUGUACACCAUUUAAUUUGUUGUUUUCAAUUAGAACAUUUACCUUGUGUUUAACGAUGAGAAAAUGAUUUUUUAACAGAACAUUCCUUUUAUGUAAGUUUUCAGGCAGGAUUUGCUUGAAGUAAUUCUUAACAACUUAUCAUUCAUCCUUUAAACCCUGUUACCCUUUCACUCCUAGCAGGGACCAAGACAUACUUUCUCCUUACAUUAUCAAUACAAUAUCAAGCAGACAAGUGAUGAGAAUAUUGAAAAAUAUCAAUUGGGGGAUCAUCACAUGAUCCAAUAGUAAAUUCUCAGAACUAGAAGUAUAAGCAAUGUAUGGCAGAUAGUAUGGAGAAUGACUAAAGAGAUCUUGGUGGUAAAGGGUUGAGUGACCAGCAUCUAAUUUCUCCUUACAGUAUCACUUCUCAAUCUAACAGUAAGGUCAUGAAAAAAAAGGAAAUGGUUAUCAACUAUGGAAGCCCUUGAUUGAUAAACAAAUUCUCUAUGUUAGUAAUGUAAGAAGUGUAUAGAGAACAGUAUAGAGAAGAUGGAUAUUGAUGUCUUGUCAGUACCAUGAGAAAAGAGAACAGUAUGGAGGAUAUGCAUAUUGAUGCCAGGGUGUAAAGGGUCAUGAAUCAUUAAAAAAGUAAUUGUUAUUUAUCUUUGGAAUGGUUUCUAUCGCUUAAUUAGGUUGCAAUAACAAAAUAUUGAGCCAGAUGUAAAUUAAAGCUGUCUGAUAUGUA